AUGAAGCGGCAGAACGUGCGGACCCUGAGCCUCAUCGCCUGCACCUUCACCUACCUGCUGGUGGGCGCCGCCGUCUUCGACGCGCUGGAGUCGGACCACGAGCUGCGGCAGGAGGAGCGGCUGCGGGCCGAGGAGGCCCGCAUCCAGGGCAAGUACAACAUCAGCCGCGACGACUACCGCCAGCUGGAGCUCGUCAUCCUGCAGGCCGAGCCGCACCGCGCCGGCGUCCAGUGGAAGUUCGCCGGCUCCUUCUACUUCGCCAUCACCGUCAUCACCACCAUCGGCUACGGACACGCGGCCCCCGGCACGGAUGCGGGCAAGGCAUUCUGCAUGUUUUAUGCCGUGCUGGGCAUCCCGCUCACGCUGGUCAUGUUCCAGAGCCUGGGUGAACGCAUGAACACCUUCGUCAAGCACCUGCUGAAGCGCGUGAAGAAGUGCUGCGGGAUGCGGAGCACGGACGUGUCCAUGGAGAACAUGGUCACAGUGGGCUUCUUCUCCUGCAUGGGCACCCUCUGCGUCGGGGCGGCCGCCUUUUCCCAGUACGAGGACUGGAGCUUCUUCCACGCCUACUACUACUGCUUCAUCACAUUGACUACCAUUGGUUUUGGGGACUACGUGGCCCUGCAGACCAAGGGAGCCCUGCAGAAGAAGCCGCUCUACGUGGCCUUCAGCUUCAUGUACAUCCUAGUGGGCCUGACGGUCAUCGGGGCCUUCCUCAACUUGGUGGUGCUCAGGUUCUUGACCAUGAACAGCGAGGAUGAGCGGCGGGACGCAGAGGAGCGGGCGUCGCUGGCCGGGAACCGUGGCGGCGGGGCGGCAGGGGCAGCGGCGACCGUGGCCGGGGUGGGCCGAGACCCCAGGCGGGGCCGGCCGCCGCGCUUCCGGGCGGAGGUCGCAGACCUGCAGUCCGUCUGCUCCUGCCUGUGCUACCGCUCCCGCGAGUACACCAGCAGGGUGGUCUCCCACCAGAACUCGUUCAGCUCCAAGCUGAACCCCCAGUACUUUCACUCCAUCUCAUACAAGAUUGAGGAGAUCUCGCCAAGCACACUGAAGAACAGCCUCUUCCCCUCCCCAGUCAGCUCCGUCUCUCCGGGGCCCUUCAGCUUCCCGGAGAGCCACGGGCUGAUGAGGCGGCGGCGAUCCAUCUGACGGGGGGCCCGCGCCUCUGCCUCGGUUUCCCUCCGGGUCUUUGCUUUGGGGCCUUCCCCCGCCGGAGAGCGAGGGGACGGCGGGGACGGAACGCUGCCAGCCUCCCGGGGUGACUCAGAACUGAGCAUGAAGCAUGGAUUGUUACUUUUCCAGCAAAGUAUGCCUUACAUUAUGACCCCCACCGUCCACCGUUUGGUGGUGCUGAGGGGCCAGAGUGGGUGGGGAGCCACAGGGCGCAAAUCCAAAGCUGCAGUGUUGUGGGCCGUCCCCGAUGGGGUGAGGGUCCAGAGGGAGCUGAGGGGAGGGGGAAGGUGGGGCCCGAAUCCAAAGCUGCAGUGGUAUGACCCCCCGUGGUGGGUCCAGAGGCGACGGGCAGCGGUCCGGCCCGAGUCCAAAGCUGCCCACGAGUGGGAGGACCGUCCCCUUCCCCCCGGCCCGGGCCCGUCAGGCCUGACUCGCUCUCCGCAGAGCAGGGUGGGCCGCUGUGCCGGGGCUGUUCCAGUCUGCCGCUGAGGCCGUGACACAUUUAAAAGCAUCAGGUAUUCCAUUUUUUUUUCUUCUCCAGCGAUUGUGUUACACAGCAAGCUUUCGACUUGUAGACUGCUUCCAAGAGAAAAGAAAAAAAAAGCCAAAAACCCUUUGAUUCAUCAUUUUGCCAAAACAAGCAUGUAAGCAGUCUGUAUGCCAGGUCUAACCUUUUUUAAAACUGCGAGGUUCUAGAUUGUAUUCAACAGUUUUUUUAAAACGGGGAGGGGAGGGGGGCAGGAAGAGAUGGCUCAUUUUAGCUUGCCAGUUCAAAAUUUAAAAAAAAAGCAUGCACUUUGUACAACUGGUAUGCAUUAUUAACACAAGGAAAACUAGCAACGGAAUACAUAAUCAAAAGCAAGUGAUAUUAUUCAUUUAUUAAACUACUUCUCCACCUGUUCCAACAAUUUACUGGGCAGCUGGAAUUUUUAAAGGAAACUGGAAAAUUGUUGGAACGGCAGAGAGUCUAUUGGAUUAUUUUGUCCUCAUUGAUGCACUUAUCAUUUUUGUGCGGCAUCCGCCUGCAUGAACAUGAGUUCUAUUUUUGGAAUGCUUGGGUAAGGAUGGGUCAGAGGUCGAUGUAUAUUUUUUUCUAAUAAAAAGUGGCAGGGCAAUCCUUGUUUUAAAAAAAGAGAUUGUCUCUGAAUGCUUUUGAUUUGUAAAUGAAGGGAACACCCGAACCUCCCCACUCCUGGGGGCUCAGGAAGAGAGAGGGCCAUUACCUUGUGCUUUGGCCUGCUGGGAAGGCAAGACGUUGCUUGUGGGGUUGGAGGGUUUAGAGCUCAGCUGUGCUAGAGCUAGCAGUCAUUCUGCGGGUCAGUAAAUGGGGCUGGAGGGGCUGGGGCUCCAGGCAAGAAAUUAGCCAGAAGACCCCCAACUCCACAAUGCAGUCUAGAUGGGCUCUGGGUUAGUGUCCCAGGCCCGCCCCCACCCUGUACUGGGGAACACUCAAAGCCCCUUCACCCCUCCACCCCUCCCGUGUCAUCCCCUGGAUCCAGGAAGAAGUCCUUCUGUUGUCUGCAUGGCCCAGGCCCGGGGUAGGAGAAGAUCUCUGGUAUGGGGAGCCCUAGAGAUGUGCUUGCCCUUGACAUUGCUAGUCCCCUCCCAUGGCUCCAGCCCAUGUCCCCAGGUCCAGGACAUGGGCCAUGUCCAGGCCACUGGGCCCCGGCCCCCAGUCCAUGCCCCAGCCCACACCACCAGGAAAUGCCACCUGCCUCACUCGGUGAAUGGUGGGCGGGCUCAGCUUCAUUUUGUUGGGAUCACCAGCCCCUUCUUCCCUUGGGAAAACAAUCACUCUAUAAGAAACCUUCUAGAGACCUUGCUGAAUGACUGCAGUAUUUGUCAAGCAUUUAUGUGCCAAGCACUUUAAUAACUUCUGGGGGUAGAUACAUGAUCAUCAGCUCACUGAGUCCAGACUCCACUUAGCAGCCUUGGGCUGCGAAUUUUCCAAAUUCUUCUAUCCCUGGAGGAUCCAUUCCGGGGUGGUCCAGAGAAAGAUCUGGGUUUCCAGGAGUCUCUGGGGCUCUCAAAACCCUUUAAGCCCCCUAGGUCCAGCAGCCUCCAGAGCUUUAAGAGAGUCUGAUUCUGGAGAGAAGCAGGGGUUGGGUUGGGAAGCAGAGCAGCCCUCCCUCUGACCACCCACUGACCUCCUGUGGUGGCCCUCAGCCCUUUGAGUCUGGCUGCAGGAGGAUGGUUGACUUCUGUAUGUGUGCAAGCUUUCUUUGGAAGCAGGAUUAGAACUCAUAGCUCCCUUUCACCGGCCCACCUGGUCCACUUCCGACUUUCAGAGUGGCUUGGACAUGGGUGAUUUGAUGGUUGGAUAGAUGGAUGGCCAGGUCCCCACCCACCCAUCCACC